AUGUCUGAAUCCACCCAACCUGCUCACGACAAUGAACACUCAGCCCCCGCCGCCUCUGCUGGGGACUCUAUGCACGUCGAACCUGCGGUUCCUCCCUCGCAGAAUGACGGGGCCAAAGCCUCUUCGAUUUUGGCCCAGAUCUACGAGCAGCGUGUCAAGGACGUCCAGGCUGCGAAGGCCAUACCGGGCUCCUCUCGAGCUGACCUCAAGGCUACCAUUAGGUUCCGUCAGUGUUCGGAAACCACUGGACCUUCUCUGAUGGCUGAGAUCAAGCGCGCCUGCCCUUCCAAAGGCGACAUCGAUGUCAAUGUUAACGUUGCCCUCAAGGCCACGAACUACGCCAAAGCUGGAGCAGCCGUCAUUUCCGUCGUUACGGAACCCACCUGGUUCAAGGGCUCCCUCCUUGACCUUCGCACCGUUCGCGAAGCGGUUUCUUCUCGAUCCCAUCGACCCGCCAUCCUCCGCAGGGACUUCAUCCUGGAUGAAUAUCAGAUCGAUGAAGCUCGCGUUUACGGCGCCGACGCUGUGCUCCUCAUCGUCGCCAUGCUUACCCCCGAGCGUUUGAAGGCCCUCUAUCAUCACAGUCUCUCACGUGGCAUGGAACCCCUUAUCGAGGUCAACAACGCGGAAGAAAUGAAACGGGCACUUGAUCUUGGUGCAAAGGUCAUCGGCAUUAACAACAGGAAUUUGCAAGACUUCCAACUUGACACUGGGACGACCACGCGGCUGGCUGACAUGGUACAGGGCAAGGAUGUCAUCCUUUGCGCCAUGGGCGGGAUCCAGUCCUCGUCGGACGUUGCCCUUUAUGCCGAACAUGGCGUCGGGGCGGUUAUGGUCGGGGAGGCCCUCAUGCGCGCCUCCAAAGUCGUCGUCACAGUCACUGACCUCAUGGGUUGGAAGCCUAAGGACCCAAUGCCCCCAACCACCAGCGUCCUGCCGUGGGUCAAGGUCACAGGGAUAAUGACCGCCAUGGAGGCCCGGCACAUGGAGUUGUGCGGUGCGGAUAUGUUGGGUUUCGUCUUCGACCCCAAGGAUCCCCGCUACGUCACUAGCCGAAGUGAAGAAAAUCCUGCCGAAUAUACGUCUGCCAUGAAGCGCCCCCAGAUCGUCGGUGUCUUCAAGGAUCAACCUCUCGACUACAUCCUCCGCACCGUCAACGAACUGUCCCUCGAGUUUGUCCAGCUCAACGGCGACGAGCCCAUGUCAUGGUCCCAGCACAUCCCCGUCCCCAUCAUCCGUCGCUUUUGCCUCCACGAGACGAAAGCGUGGGGGAUCGAAGAGAUCAUGCGUCCGGGCGUUCACGCGUUCGGCCUUAUCACCCAGAACCCUCGCCGCGAAGUCGACUGGUCCAGGCUGGAGAAGUCCCUCUCUUGCGGCGUCUACAAAGGCUACCACCGGCCUAUUGGCUUUAUCGACUACUUUGCAAUUGAUGAGGCUGGAAACUUCCGCGAGCUCCAAAAACAUGCGCCAGGAUAUAUUUACGAUUUAAGUUUCACCGGGAUGUUCGAAGCUAUGCCUGUGGAAGAGAAGGCCGGCUUCUUGGUUCUCGCAAGACACGUCCAGGCGCUGAAGGGAAUGGAGCGUGAGGAUAAGCAGGAGUUUGAGGAGGAAGCGGUUAUUGGAAAGGGAAAGGGGAAGGCUCGGGCCAUGGACGAGGAAGAUGGUGCUGGGCGAGAAGAGACCAGUGUACUCCUUGUCGAGGCUGCGGAAAUCGACGAAGCUCAGGGGAGUUCAGAGGUAGUUGGCGAGGUCCAAAAGCAGGGUGGGGUCGCAGACGAAAGGCUCGACAACGGGAAGGUGGAGUUGACAGCUGAGGCUGGCUUGGAGAAGGAGCGAGUGCCUGUUGAUGAAGGAGUUGAGAAGAUGGUGGAGGAAACCGUUGAGACCACCGAGGAAAUUGUCGACGCAGAUGACGACGAAGAUUGGGUAGAUGAAGAUGACAACGUCCUAGCCCAGACCCGUGUGCGCCGCGCUCCCACUUCGAAGCCCCGACACGUCUGCACUUGCGGUGGUAAACCCUCAGCUGCCGCCACUGCCACCACUCCUGGCCCUGCCCCUGCCCUCGGGUCUGCUGCUCGUGCGCCAGGAGAUGCCCUAGCAAUGAUGCAGCAACGCUUGGGGGCGAUAAAGGCGAUGAUAGCAGCGCGUCAAGCGGACGAUCCUCUUGCACGGCUCGGGAUCAAACAGCCCGUCCCGGAUUGGGUGGCCUUGGUGGCCUGGGCGGCUUCGGAGGAUCGAGUGGGCUCGGCGGGUUAG